AUGAGUCUUUCCAAAGCAACAGGAAGAUUAACACCAUCCUUACUUUAUACAGAUGCUGAUCCUGCGAUAAUUGCAGCAAUAAACAGCACUUGGCCAACAACAAAACAUCAUUUUUGUUUAUUUCAUAUUAGAAAAAACUUGGAAAAGCAUUUUCUUAGCAAGUAUCGUGGUGAAAAAUGGAACAAAUUUUUUGCAGCUUUUUGUUAUGCACGCAAUAGUCAAGUUGAAUCAAUUUUUGAAGAGAGAUGGGCUGCAUUGUUAGAGGCUUAUGUAUUAUGUUUUACACACCGUGCAUUUAAUGCCGGAAUACAAAGUAUACAACGCAUAGAGUUAUACAAUAGUAUUAUUAAAAACAAUGUUAAUGGGUCAUCUUCACUUACGGAGCUUGAGCAUAUAAUUGAGAGGUUAUUAGCAAAAAAGAGCAAAUUUAUAAAGUUAAAUGAAACCAUUGGUAAGCUUCCUGUGAGUCAAGAUGAAGAUUAUCAUAAUCAUUACUUUAAAGAAGUUGAUAUAUCAUGUCAAUAUUUCUUAACACUGGCAAUUCUUAAACUCCAACGACAUGAAAUGAAUCACAGCAUGCAUUAUCGAUGUCAUCUAUCUAAUUUGAAAUAUGAACUUAAGCAACAGGUAACUGUUGAAUCACCAAGAGGCAUGUUUUCUGAAGAUAUGUUUAAUGUAUGUGUGAUAGAACUCGCUCUUGUAUGUCAUCAUUUUUUUGCAACAAUGCUUGUUUCUUCAAUUGCUAAAUUUCAUAUUGGACUUUUACCACAGCGUUGGUAUACAAAUGUAUCAGUUAUGGAGGCAGAUUCAACACUUUCAAACGUAUCAGCAAUUUCAUUGUUAUCAAAUAAUGGAUUUGGUACAGUAGAACAUGCA